AUGUUUGAGAUUGUAGAAUUGGCCAAGGUCCUGGAUGGAUUUCCGAGAAGACAGCCCGGGUUUGUUUGCGAAGCGUGUGGCAAUGUGAGGUUUAUGCCGUGUGGAAAUUGUAGUGGUAGUAGGAAGGUGUUCGAUGAAGAUGAAGGGGUGCCCAAGAGUUGCUUGGAAUGCAAUGAGAAUGGGUUGAUUCGGUGCCCAGAUUGUGCGUACGAAGAAUUGAAGAAGGGAACUCGUAAUAUCAAGUUCAGGGACUCUCUAAUUAAUAACCCAACUGCUACUUAUCAGCAGCUAAUGGAUAAGGCUAAAAAAUACAUAAGGUUGGAUGAUGAAGUCCAAGCGCUGAGAGAAGAUAAGAGGAUGAGCCAAAAGAAAAAUCCAGAAGCUAAAAAGGCAAGGCUGUGA